GGCUUUAUCUAUGGACCGAGUACUAAAUACACUGUUUUUAUUUUUUGUUAUCAUUUAAUUAGUAAAAGCUAAUAUCAAUUAUCAAUUCAAUUAUUCCAAUAAUAAAUUUAUGUUACGACUUACAGGAAUACGGAACUUAAAGUAACCCUUAAUAGGUACCUAAUAAUUAUUACAUACUUAUUUAUAUAUUUCGUUGGUGUUUAUUUGGAAGAUCAAUAUGACAAUAUUGGUUGUGUCCAAUACUCCAAUCGUUUUCUAUAAUUGAUAUAUUGGUACAUACUCUGUUCGCCGUAAGAGAAAUGAUGCCUGACGACAAUCCAGUGAACGACCAAAGGAUUUCUUUAUUUUUGAGAAAACUUUGGACAUUGGUCUGCAGUAAAGAAACCGAUAAUGUGAUUACAUGGAGCGAGGAUGGUGACAGUUUUAUCAUAAACAAUCCUGUAGAAUUCUGUAAGGUCCUACCAAGAUAUUUCAAGCAUAAUAACUUUAUGAGUUUUGUACGCCAGUUACACAUAUAUGGUUUUAGUAAAAGAAUAUCGGAUGUUGAUCACACAUCUAAUCAUGGAACAUCUUGUGAAUAUGCUCAUCCAUAUUUUAUGAAGGAACAUCCUUGUUUAUUGUUAUCAAUUAAACAAAAGAGAGGUGAAAAAUUGCAUCAAGGCUUAAAAACCGACAUUGAUUCAAUUGAAACAAUAAGUACAUUGAUAAAAGAAGUGAACUCAGUUAAGGACAAAAAUAAGAUGCUUGAUUCCAAAUUCACUGCUAUGAAACAUGAAAACGAGUGUUUGUGGCGUGAAUUAGCGGUUAUUCGACAAAAGCACAUGAAACAACAAAGAAUUCUCAACCAGCUAAUCCAAUUUUUAGUUACCUUAAGACAACCUAGUACCAAUAAUACAUUGUGCCGAGAAGUAAAAAACAAUGUUAGGUAUGUUCUUCCUAUUAUGCAUCAUAAGGCAUCAGAAAAGGCGAAUUCCGGGGAAACAUUUACUAAUCCAAAAUAUAAACCAUCUACGUCUUCAGGACCUGUAAUUCAUGAAUUAGAUGCUGCUGAUAUUCUGAAUUCUAAUGAAGAUGGCAGAGUUCAUGGAGGAAUUUUUAAUGAUGCAGUAGAGUCAGAAGGUGUGGUACUUAGUCCUAGCAGUGUCUCACAAAUGUUAAGUAGUCCUGGUGGUUCAACAAUUGAAGAGAUAUUUGCACCGAAUGACAUUAUAUUAAACUCACCAUUAGAUGACUUAAUCAGAGAAGUGUCUGUUUCUCCUACUGAAGAAUUAUCAGAACCAAAAACAACUAUUGUAACUGUUUCUCCGCCUAACACAGUAACAAAAACAACUACAACCAGUAAUAAAACUUCUAAUUCUAAAAAAAGAACUAAAAAAGACAUCAUUAAACCUUUGAAGAAAAAAAAGACAACGCUUGUUGAUAAUGUUGAAACUCUAAAACCUGUGCAUUCAUCAGUACCAUAUAUCAUUAAAGUGGAGCCAAUGGGAAAUGAUCCACCGGUAAUUUCUAUUCCUGACAUGGAUUUCAUUGAGCCUGAAGUGACAAUUUCUAAUAAUGAUGACUUAUGGAAUAAUGAAAUAACUUCUAAUUGUGAUAAUAUGCAGCUUGCCAAUCCAGAACCUAGGCAAGUUAAUACGUGUGACGGGAGCAGUUCUGAAUCACCAAAUUUCCUUAAUAAUGUUAUGCAAAAGGAGUCUGUUUCCAAACAAAUUGAUUUAGUUCAAGCUGACUUGGAAAGUUUGUUGAAAGGAUUAAAUGACAAGUACACAUUUGAUGCAAAUAUGUUUCUUAAUUUUAUUAAUGAUGAUCCAACAAAUUUAAAUUUACCUAUGACAUCAGAAGAACAGACACUUAAUGAUGUCAAAAAUGGGUUGAACGUUACACCAGACAAUCAAAUUGUGUCAUGUCUAUCACCAAAUACUUAUGAUCUAAAUGAUUUAAUGACAGCUUCGGCAGACUGGACAAUACCAAACACUCCUAUGUCGUUUGAUACAGCAUAUGGGAAUGAUGUUUUAAAUACACCAGUUAUAACUGAUUCUUUAUUAAACACUGACUCGCUUUUUCCAAGUACAUCACCUGAUAGUCUUAAAAAUAAUUUAGAUAACAAAAUAUAGAUAAAGUUUAUUAUGUAUAUCAUUUUUUUUUUAUUUGUUAAUAUUUUCAAGUAAUAAGAUCAAAUUUUGUUGUAAAAAAAAAAAUUUAUAUUUUUCUGACAGAUGUAUAGUACUCUGCAAUUAAUUAAAUAUUAUUUUUUUUUAAUGUAUACAUUUACAUGACAUAAUUCAAUAUAGUGUUAUUGAUUUUUGGUGUGUAUAACUUAUAAAAUCAUUUUUUUAGUUUCUUAAAUUUAAUUAAUCUAAUGAUUAACAAAAAUAUAAUAAUUUUUUUUUAAUUGUUAAUAUUUUUAUGAUAUUUCAGAUUUAAGAAAAUUGUUUAUUGAAAUAUUAUAAUGUAAAAUAUAUAAGUUUAUAACUAAUAGGUAAUAGUAUAACUUGUUGAAUGUUAUCAUACCAAUGUAUAAUUCCUAGUUUGUUUAAUUUAUUAAUAAAUGUUACUAUUUAUAGUUUU